CAUCCCCCGAAACCCCCCCACCUUCACCGGCCGCCACCGCCACCACCCAUCCGAUCGUCACCAACUCCCCUCGCCUCCUUCCUUUCGAAGCCUCAACCAUUCCGCUCCCGUGCAACCAUCCCGGCGGAGCCCCCUGCCAGAAUGGAGCCGGCUCUGAAGGGCUAUUUCGGGUACUCGGCGUUCCGGCCGUACCAGAGGGAGAUCAUACAGAAGGUCCUGGAUGGACGGGAUUGCCUGGUCGUCAUGGCCACCGGCAGCGGCAAGUCCAUCUGCUAUCAAAUCCCUCCACUGGUUACAAAGAAGACAGCUGUUGUUGUAAGUCCUCUUCUGUCCCUGAUGCAAGACCAGGUCAUGAGUUUAAAACAAAAAGGUGUGAAAUCUGAGUACCUUGGCAGCACCCAAACGAAUAGCUCUGCCAGCAGGGAGGCUGAAAAGGGCAUGUUUGAUGUGCUGUACAUGACACCAGAGAAAGCUAUCUCACUUCCUUCAAGAUUUUGGAGCAACUUGCAGGCUGCUGGGAUCUGCUUGUUGGCCGUUGAUGAAGCACAUUGCAUAUCAGAAUGGGGCCAUGAUUUCAGGAUGGAGUACAAGCAGUUGCAUUCAUUGCGUGACCUUCUUGUGGGUGUCCCCUUUGUUGCAUUAACUGCAACAGCUACAGAAAGGGUACGCGGAGAUAUUUCUAAUUCCUUGACUCUACACAAUCCUCACAUUGUGGUUGGAUCGUUUGAUCGUCCUAACCUUUUCUACGGUGUGAAAUCAUGCAACCGAUCUACAUCAUUUAUCAGUGAACUUGUGAAAGAUGUUUCAAAGAGGAGUACUGAGGGUGAGUCAACAAUAAUAUACUGUACGACCAUCCGGGACACAGAACAGGUACAUGAGGCAUUGGUUACUGCCGGAAUCAAGUCUGGCAUUUACCAUGGUCAAAUGGGCAGCAGAGCUAGAGAGGAAUCCCAUAGAUCAUUCAUUAGGGACGAAGUUCUUGUGAUGGUAGCAACUAUUGCUUUUGGAAUGGGUAUUGAUAAGCCUGAUGUUAGAUGCGUAAUACACUAUGGGUGCCCGAAAAGCCUAGAAUCCUAUUACCAGGAAAGCGGGCGUUGUGGAAGAGAUGGACUGCCUUCAGUCUGCUGGCUAUACUACCAAAGAAGUGAUUUUACAAAAGCUGACUUCUAUUGUGCUGAAGCAAAAAAUGGAACUCAGAGAAAAGCAAUCAUGGAUUCCUUCAUGGCAGCACAAAAAUAUUGCCUCCUUUGUACAUGCCGUAGGAGACUCUUGUUGCAGUAUUUUGGUGAAGAGCGCAACAGUGACUGUGGUAAUUGUGAUAACUGCACAGCAGUAAAAAAUGAGAGGGAUUUGUCAAAAGAAUCCUUCAUGUUGCUGUCCUGCAUCAAGUCUUGUGGAGGACGCUGGGGCCUUAAUUUGCCUGUUGAUGUUCUCCGUGGAUCAAGGGCCAAGAAGAUUGUCGACAACAGUUAUGAUAAACUUCAAAUGCAUGGACGAGGUAAAGACUAUUCACCAAACUGGUGGAAAGCGCUUGGUGGUCUCCUUAUAGCACACGAUUAUUUGAAGGAGACUGUCCGCGAUACAUUUAGAUCUGUCAGUGUCAGUCCAAAAGGGGUAGAGUUUCUCUCUACUGCUGAUAAAAUGGAUGGAACGCCACUGGUUUUACAACUGACUGCAGAGAUGAUUGAUCUAGAGGAGCAUGGUAGUUCGCAGCACAAAGAAAGUCGUUUAAAUCGUGUGGCUACAUUAGAGUCUGAAAUUUUUUCUGAGGAUGAAUUGAAACUCUAUCAAAAGCUCUUGAACGUCAGGAUGAAACUCGCUCAAAAUAUUGGAACCGCUCCAUAUGCUAUAUGUGGUGAUCAGACAUUAAGAUACUUUGCAAAGAUGAGGCCUUCUACUGGAGCUAGACUUGCUAAUAUUGAUGGUGUCAACCAACAUUUUAUCUCGCGUUUCAGUGGCAUUUUCAUCCAAAAUAUCUCACAAUUGUCAAAAGAGUUGAAUCUAGCCUUGGAUAAUUCGUCAACUGUAGAAAAUGUAGCUGCCGUGCCGAAACCUGUACUCAACAACAAUCUUCCUGGGAGCUUGGGUGAUGCAAAAUUGUGCGCAUGGGAAUUGUGGCAGAAACAUGAGUAUUCAUUCCAGAAAAUUGCAUAUUUUCGCAGAGCUGUUCCAAUAAAAGAGCAAACUGUUAUUACAUACAUACUUGAUGCUGCUCGUGAUGGAUAUGAGAUGGACUGGAGUAGGUUUUGCAGGGAGGUUGGACUGACACCUGAGAUAGCCUCAGGGAUCCGUCUUGCAAUCUCAAAGGUUGGAUCACGUGACAAGUUGAAGCCAAUCAAAGAUGAGCUCCCUGAAAAUGUAAGUUACGACAUGAUCAAGACAUUCCUGAUGAUUGAGGGGCAUGGAUUGUCGGAGCAAAUUUUUGGUAACGUUCCUACUAAUGGCGCUCCUAGAAAACCAGAGUCAUCAAUAUCCUUCUCCCAUGCAAGUGAAGCUGGCGAAAAUGGUAAUCCGGGGGAUUGUGUCCUAGUGGCAGAUGCUUGUGAUAUAAACCCUUCAGCAAAGCGAGGCCAAACUGACGGCAUGGUUUCUGCUGAAGAAUCGGCAAUGAAAUUACAAAAGAUACAGGAGCAUGGAGCAGAAUCUACGGACACAACUUGUGGUACCGAAGAAUCUAUACUAGAGCUGGUUGCCAGCCGCGACGGGGUAUCAUUAGAGGAUGUCGCCAAGCACUUCAAGGGAUCCAAGAGAGAAUCUGUUUUCGAGAUAUUGAACAGUCUCGAAUCCGACUUUUCAAUUUAUAAGAAAAACGGGCAUUACAUGAUCAUGUAACAAACUGAGGGGUUGCUACGUCCUUUUUCUAAGAGCUUGGCGUCCUAGGGAGGGGAUGCCGGUCUCUCGUACGUGGAUGCAUGUAUAUAUAUGCUUGUGGUUACUUUGUACUAUGUUUUCUUGGCUGGUGUGCAUGUGCACGUUUUGGGGAGUCGCCGGAAGAUGUAGCAACGCUUGUUUUGUUUGGACCCUAUGCUAUGAAUUACCUUUCUGCCUCA